CGCGCCGAGUGUCUGACCAAUCAGGAGCGAGCUGAAGAACCCGAUAGAGAGAAAAUAAAGCGUUGUUGAGGUUUGCAGGUUUUUUUUCAGCUCGAGGAGUUGUUAGAGAUUAGACUCGGAAUCGGACGUUUUGGUGUCCUCGCGCGCGGGGAGGAGGAUCAUGGGAGCGACAUUAGGGACCUUCAGCCUUCUGGCCUGGGCUCAGUGUCUGUGUGGCUCAGCGACGUGUCUAACAUGUCGUUUUUGCACGAAAUGUAAGAACUCAAUAGUGACUCGCAUCGUUUACGCCUCGAUCCUCUUAAUCGACACCAUCAUCGCAUGCAUCAUGCUCUCACCCAGCAUCGAGCGGCAGAUGAAACAGAUCCCUGGAUUUUGUGAAGAUGGCAUGAAGUCCAGCAUCCCGGGAGCUGUUCGGUGUGAGAUGAUCGUGGGCUACAGAGCUGUGUAUCGUCUUUGCUUUGGCAUAAGCAUGAGCUUCUUGGCUUUUGGUCUGCUGACCAUCAACAUAAAGAACAGCAGAGACCCUCGAGCUGCAUUUCACAACGGCUACUGGUUUUUCAAAAUCGUAGUCAUUAUUGCUCUCACCGUCGGUGGCUUUUACAUUCCAGAGGGACGUUUCUCCGACAUUUGGUUCGGAGUAGGUGUAUUCGGAGCGAUCAUCUUCAUCCUCAUCCAGCUCAUCCUCCUCAUGGACUUUGUGCACUCGUUGAGCGAGUCGUGGCACGACAAGAGAGAAAACCAGAACGCAAAACUCUGGGGUUGUGCCCUGGCGAGUGUAACGUUAUUCAACUACUCUCUGUCCAUCGCCGGGGUCGUGCUGAUGUUUAUUUUUUACGCUCGUCCUGAGGAGUGUUCCCUCAGCAGGUUCUUCAUCAGUUUCAACCUCAUACUCUGCAUCAUCGCUUCAGUCGUCUCCGUUCAGGAGAAAGUUCGUAAACGUCUUCCUGCUUCUGGACUCAUGCAGUCGUCCUUCAUCACUCUGUACACCAUGUACCUCACCUGGUCAGCCCUGACCAACGAACCAGAAAAAUCCUGCAAUCCGGGUCUGCUGAGCUUUUUCCAGAUGGAUCUCACUCUGAACAACUCUACAACAAACCAAACCCUGGUGGAGCGUCCAGAGCAUCCUUACUUCUUGACCGAGGAUACGCAAAGCAUCGUGGGAUUGGUCGUGUUUGUCCUGUGCAUUUUAUUCUCCAGCAUUCGAUCGUCCAGCACCAGCCAGGUGAACAAAUUCCUGCUGACCCCAUCGAACCCAGGAACGUUGGACUAUUCCACAGGAAGCCUCCACGACCCCGAGGGUCCAAGACGCGUGGUUGAUAACGAGAGGGACGGCGUCCAGUACAGCUACUCCUUCUUUCACAUGCAGCUCUUCCUGGCUUCGCUCUACAUCAUGAUGACCCUCACAAACUGGUACAUACCUAAUGCCAACUACAGUGACAUCACACACAAGAGAGGUCCAGUGUGGGUGAAAAUCUUGUCCAGUUGGAUUUGUGUCUCUCUCUAUGUCAUAACUCUGGUCUCUCCAAUCAUCUUCCCAAACAGAGACUUCUCAUAACCACUGACCUGGAACUGAUUCAUGUACUGAGUUUACCUUCAGGAGUUUACUUUCAUUCAUCCAUUCAUCAAUCCACCCAUCCAUCUGUCCAUCCAUCCAUCCAUCCAUCCAUCUAUCCACCCAUUCACACAUCCAUCCAUCCAUUCACACAUCCAUCAAUCCAUCCAUCCCUCCAGCCAUCUGUCCAUCCAUCCAUCCACCCAUUCACACAUCCAUCCAUCCAUUCACACAUCCAUCAAUCCAUCCAUCCAUCCAGCCGUCUGUCCAUCCAUCCAUCCAUCCAUCCAUACAUCCGUCCACUAAUCCAUCUAUCCGUCCGCCUAUCGAUCAACCAGUCCAUCCAUCCAUCUGUCCAUCCAUCUUCUAUAGCACGUAUCCUACACAGCAAAGUCUGGAGUCUGGGCACAAAAUUGGGGACAUACUGGACAAACAACUCAACACAGGGCACAAUCACUCACACACUCACACACACACACACCUUACAAAAAAAGAGACACUAAUCAACCUACAGCACAUGUGUUUGAUCUGAAACCGGAGAACCCAGACGAAACGCCUGAAGCACACACACACACACACACACACAGGACAUUUUGCCGUUUCUCUGUUACACUUUUACUGUUUUACUUUUAUAUAUUUUAAAUAUUUUCAUUUUUUAUGAUGUUUUUGUCCCUUUUUUUAUUUACAUGGUUUAUAAUACUGUCAGAUUUUUUUUAGAGAUUUUAUAUAACAUUUGUAAAAUAUUACAAAAUCACAUUUUUCUUUUCCUCUUGCAAGGUUUUUUUUUAUGUAAUGCUGAAAAAGAAAAAAAAUUGUCACAACAUUUUUCUAACUUAAAAAUGUUUUAAGAUUAAUUUUUUAAGAUUUUGUCACUUUUUUAAGUUUAUUUUAUUUUAAUUUUUAAAUUUAACAUUUUUUAUAUUUUUAUUUCGGCGAAAUAUGACAAUUUCUUUGUGCAAGACAUUUUCUAACGAUUUUUUUAUAAGACAUUUUUGUAAGAUUUGAGAAACAUUUGUGCAAUUUUUUGUAAAGUUUAUAGAAAUAUUGUGGUAAUAUUCUGCCAUUUUUGGCAUGGCUUCACUUCUGUACAGUUCGAUGAUGUAACUGCACCAGAAAUAACACCAUGACAUCACAUGGAUUUCUGUAAUAACUCUGGAGUUUGUUACGUUUGUGUUUUUCACAGUUGUGUUUGUUACGCGUCUCAUUCACUGAACAAACUGUAAACACAUCUGUAUCUAUAUUUUAUUAGCUUUCCAUUUCUUGUAGUUUAAAACUGAGUGCUUUAUAAAAACUCUGUUCACUUCAUUCAGCUAACGUUUUUAUUCUUUUAAACAUUUCUUGAACAUUUGAAGCUCAGGUUAUUAUCUAAAACCAAAUCAAUCAAUUCUAACGUAAAGAAAUCUUUUACAUUUUAGUGCAAUACAAAUCAGGACUUUUUUAAAUAGUUUUUUGGUUUGCUUUUCCCCUCACACUAGUUUUUUUCAUUCCGGCACUAAACCCAAAAUACACGAUGAACAAGGACCUUUUUUUUUGGUGAACGAUUUUCCUUCCCCAGCCUUUGAGAUGUUCCUCAUGACUUGUGUUAUUUAUACAAAUCUUGUUUAAGUUGAUUUUUUUUCUAACUGAGGCCAAACUGAUUUGUUUAUACUUCAUAUUUGGAGUGUAUUGUGUGUGAAAGUGUUUUUUUCUCUCGUCAGUUUCUCAGUAAAAUCAUGGUCUGGUGUUCAGGAGUCUCUCUGCCUCAUUCUGAACUCUUCAGGUCUCUUAAAGAUUCUUGGGUUUGAACCUUCUUCAGCUCUGAAGUGGAUGAAGCUUCAGCUGAUGAAGAGAAACUUAUCGUAUCACAUUCAAACUCAAAGAGAUAAAAUGCUGUGAAGAGUUCAAACAUACAGCGCCUUCACCGUGUUCAGAUUAAACCCUGCUGCAGCUCAACAUGAACCAACAUGAAGAGACAUGAUGGAGAGGAACUUCAUCUUCCAGCAAAUCAUACAUCCACAUAAACACAGGAACCACGUCACCAGAAGAUGAUCAGUGUUUCAGUGAGCGAGCCAGAGCUCAGACCUGGAUCACACUGAACAUCAGUCAGGAGACCUGAAGUGAGCUGGGCAGGAGGUGACAUCACCAUCUGAUGGAGCUGAACGUUUCUGCAAGGACGAGCAGGAGAACUGCACCAAGUCGAGCCAAGAGAAAAAGACAGAGCGGUGGAAUCAAACCAAGAGCUGCUUCACACAGGUGUUAGGUUAGGGGUGUGUAUACUUACACACAAACAACUUAUUGUACUGUUUAAAAAAAUUCUUUCUUUUUCACUUACAUUCCUCACGAUUUUAUCUUUCGUUUAAUUUUUUUCUGACCUUCAAAGAGACUCCGCCUCCUCCACAUUAAUAUUCAUGAACCA